CAGCCACUGUGGAAAUCCCAGCAGACCUGUGCUGGCUGUGCUGGAUCUCUACGCCACCGGCAUGCAGAACCACCUGUAGACACACAGGAUGUUUAACUGGGUGGUGAAAGUGGUCCCCCAACUCCCUGAAGCUCCUGGGACAGAUGACGCUGCUAAGACCUCUGCUCAACCCACAGGGAAGAGUUCACAGAAAAACACAGACGAGAAUUCAGAGGACAGCCAGGCCCAAACUGGAGUUUUAGGCUGGCUGUCUAAUGGGUUCGUCAGCGCCCUGCCUCAACCUUCUGGCUCCCCUCGACUCGGCUCUGAUUCCAGGCCAGGAGAAGAUGGAGAAAGGUCUAAAGUGAUGGGCUGGGUCGCUCAGGGUCUGACCAAGGUGUUGCCUCAGCCUGACGAGAAGUACAAAGAGACUAACGACGAGGAAGAACACACUGAGGUCUAUGAAGUAGCAACAAUGCCAGAUUUUGAUCCCCUCCCACACAUCCCUGUGGUGGAAAUCUUGUCAGAGGAUGAGGAGGAGGUAGAGCCAGCCACUCAGUUUCCUCCCAACAUGGUGAAUUGGAUAAAGCAGAUGGUCCCUCAGCCAGUGAUACUGCCCCCUGGUGCCGUACCUAUAGAACCAUCAAACAAGUCCAACCGCUCCUCCCUGGAUAAAAUUUUUUCUCCACCACCUGAAUCUCUCAGUGGAAUCUCACUGGAUACUGACAGCAAGGCCUCUGGUGUGGUUGGCUGGUUCGUGUCAGGUCUGGGUCUGAAGCUGCCUCAGCCUGUUGUUCCACCUAAAGAUGAAACUGAGAAUGCAGCUCAAGUUCUACAGAAAGCUUCAUUCAAACUCAAACCUGACAUGGUACUAGAAGACGUGGACUCAGACAACGAAAGCCAGCAGAAACAACUGCAGUCCAAAGCUGUAGCACCAUCCACAUCACUGACCCCACCAUCACCAACAGUUAGCCAAAAGCAGGAACUGACGCAGCAGGCGCAGUCCAAUGCAAUGGAAACUCAGACAUGUGCCAGCCCAGAGCCAGAGCCGUCACAGAGUGGGACAAAAAGUCUAGAAGAUGCUGAGACUCAGACGGGCCGCUGGACGCCAUUCAUUGAAAACAUCAAGAAGGAGGCGGAAGGUGUGGCUUUGGCUACCAUGGAGGAACGUCUGCUGCAGGAGCGCAUGGAGAUGGCCCGUAUGGCUGAAGAGGUGGCAAGGCAGACAGCUGAGAUGGCCAUUAGACAGAUGGCCAGUGAGGGACAGUCCAUCAAACUCUCACUGGGGAGUCAAGAACUCCUGGAUGAGGAGCCUGAAAUCGAGCUGCCAGUGCCACAGGAAGAGGAGAGCGAAGUGGACCAAAAUAAUGUCACAGGAAAAGAACAGAGCGCUGCUGAGGAGACUGAGGAACCUAUCACCACAGAACCAGAGCCAAAGGAGGAAGCAGAGCCACAGCGGACCUCCCCCUCGCCACCUCCAAGUCCUGAACCAGUUAAGACCUCUGAGCCGGAGCAUGAGGCCGAGCCCGAGCAGGAGCCCGAGCCUGAGGCCGAGCAGGAGCCUGAAUCAGAAACAGAAGCAGAACCAGCGGCAAAGACCGAGGAAGCCAACUCAGAAGCUGAGCCUGUGACUCAGCAACCGCAGAAAGCACAGGAAGACGGUCAAAGCACCAAAGCUGAAAAAGCUGGUGAAAAGGAGGAGGAAGCUGCUGGAGAUGAAUGUGGUGCUCCAGUCAACUGUGAUGCAUUUAAGAGCUGCCUGAUGCGCAUUCCCCACACCUCUGAGUGCCUUGGCAACAUCAACGCGUUCUUCAAGGAGAACGGCAUCUCCACUCCCAAAAUACCCUCCAUGCCUAAGCUACCCACCCAGCUCUCUGAUGUGACCAAGUACCUGCCCUCUCUACCCUCUUUACCCCCUGAGUUGCGCCAGGAGCUCUCCCAGAUCCGACUCACGCAGGUCCCACGAAAUAUCGCCCAGACUCUGACUGAACUUUUGCCCAAAAACUCUGAGGGUUCAGUCAGUCCCAGUCUGUCCAGUCUCUCCCAGAGCUUUUCAAACAUCCCGCAGAAGCUCUCCCAGUUCCCCAGCCGAACGCAGCAGUACUUCCUCAACGUCCAGAACCGCCUCAACAGCCUUAUGCCUCAAGAUGCCUAAGAAACAACACAGCAGCAAAAACAGAAGCAAGACAAGAAUCAGCAAGAUGUCGAGCUGAACCGGCUCGUCCGACAUUCUCCUCUCCCUCCACCUCAGCUCCGGUCCCGCUCCCCGUCUCCAUCCUCCCCCAACGGUAGCACCCUCGAAUUGCCCAAUGUGCCAUCCUACCCACGCCUGCCGCCAAUUGUCAGCCCUCCAUCAAAACAGCUCAACUCACUGUCCCGCCAGCUGUCAGGUCUCUCUAACCCAGCGUUCUUCAUUGAAGACGACUCAGACAUUCCAGCAAUAAGACCCGCAGAGAGCUCUAGCCUCAGCCUCCAUCCAGCUGUCAAUGUAGAGGAUGUUGACUCAGACCAUGAGAGAGGAAGUAAAGGAGGAGCAGGAGGAGGAGGAGGAGGAGGAGGAGGGGAGGAACAGAGCAAAAUCCCCCAAAUCCUCACCCCCCAGGAUCCCAAACUUACAACCCUCACUGUCCCUGUGACCCCCUCUGGAGGUCGUCAAAGUAAAGGAGAUAAAGAUAGUGGAAGGAAUCGUAGGACUGUCUGGACAAAGAUUAGGAGGCUUCCAUCUCAAAGUGAAGAUGAUGAUGAUGAAGGAAGUAUCCCUGUCAGAGCCUGGCCCAGCCAGUCCAGCCUGCACAGCUCAGAUGACAUACUGAAAGAGCGACCAGCGUCUUCAGCCAGUCAGACCAGUACAGUGGUCAAUGAGCGUCUUCAGGAGCUGGUCAGGAUGUUCAAAGAGAGAACGGAGAAGGCGAAGGAGAAACUCAUUGACCCUGACAGCUCAGAUGAAGACAGCAUCAUCCCCUCUCCUCCUCAGGCUCCAGCUCCUCAGCCUGCUCCUGCAGCUCAGCCAGUGGACGGAGGGGAGAAGGAGGCACAAGCAGGUCCAUCAGGAGGAGGAGGAGAAGGAGGAGUGGGAGUGGAGAGUGAGGCAGAGGAGGAGCAGUCUAGCCGCUGCUGCAAGGUGAAAACUCCUCGGUGGAUGCGAGCUUGUAUGCACUACCGCUUCCCCGCCAGCAUCGACCCUUUCACCAACUUAAUGUACGUGCUGUGGAUGUUUUUGGUCUCUCUGGCGUGGAACUGGAACGUAUGGUUCAUCCCAGUGCGCUGGGCCUUCCCCUACCAGACUCCAGACAACAUUUACUACUGGCUGCUGAUUGACUACUUGUGUGACCUUAUUUACAUCCUGGACAUCACCAUCUUCCAGCCGCGCCUGCAGUUUGUUCGUGGAGGGGACAUAGUGUGUGACAAAAAAGAAAUGAGAAAGAAUUACAUGAAAACCAAACGCUUCAAAUUUGAUGUAGCCAGCCUUGUUCCCCUCGAGCUCUUCUAUUUCAAAAUUGGCAUCAACCCUCUGCUUCGCUUACCCAGGCUGCUGAAGAUCAACUCCUUCUUUGAGUUCAAUGAGCGUUUAGAGGCCAUCUUGACCAAAGCCUACAUCUACAGGGUGAUCCGCACCACCACCUACCUUCUUUACUGUCUCCACUGUAAUGCCUGUCUGUACUACUGGGGCUCUGCAUUCACAGGACUGGGAUCAACUAAGUGGGUGUACAAUGGAGAGGGCAACAGUUACAUACGCUGUUACUACUUUGCGGUGAAGACCCUGAUCACCAUUGGUGGUCUGCCAGACCCCACCACUCUGUUCGAGAUUGUCUUCCAACUCAUCAACUACUUUGUUGGAGUCUUUGCCUUCUCUAUCAUGAUUGGACAGAUGCGUGAUGUGGUCGGUGCAGCCACAGCGGGUCAGACCUACUACCGCACAUGUGUGGACAGCACUAUUAAAUACAUGUCCUCCUAUCGCAUCCCCAAAGACGUGCAGAACCGUGUCAAAACCUGGUACAACUACACCUGGCAAUCACAAGGCAUGCUGGAUGAGCAGGAGCUGCUGACUCAGUUGCCAGAUAAAAUGCGUCUGGACAUUGCUAUUGAUGUCAACUAUUCCAUUGUCAGCAAAGUUCCUCUUUUUCAGGGUUGCGACAGACAGAUGAUCUUUGACAUGUUGAAAAGCCUACGCUCUGUUGUCUACCUGCCUGGGGAUUAUGUCUGCAAAAAGGGCGAAGUGGGCCGGGAGAUGUACAUCAUAAAGGCAGGGGAGGUGCAGGUGGUUGGAGGACCAGAUGGGAAGACAGUGUUUGUCACUCUAAGAGCAGGAUCGGUCUUUGGAGAGAUCAGUUUGCUCGCAGUAGGUGGGGGUAACAGACGCACAGCGAAUGUAAUCGCCCAUGGGUUUGCUAAUCUCUUCAUCCUGGACAAGAAGGACCUGAAUGAGAUCUUGGUCCACUACCCCGAGUCCAAGAAACUGCUCCGGAAGAAAGCCAGGAAGAUGCUUACCAAGGGAAAGAAACCUGAGCCCAAAGAGGAGGCUAAGCAUCCCCCUCAGGCCCCGGCGGCCCCUGUACGGACGGAAACCCCCAGACUGCUGAGAGCAGCCCUGGAGAUGACAGAGAAAUCCUCUGGACUUAAAGGAGCUCUGGCUAAAGUCAAAGAGAACACCAGCAAGUCUAGUGUCUCAUUACAGCCCUCCAUCUCUUCCUCCCUGCCUCCUCCGUCUCCCACCUCCAGCUCAGGACCUGAGAGAGACGUGGACACACCACCGUCACCCAUGUGUGCCAGCUCUGGAGCAUUCCGCUCUGCCUCUCGUUGCCGCAACAACAACUCAGUGACGCCUCACUCUGCGUCACAGUGUCAUGGCAACGCAAACGAAAUGCCCACCGUGGACCAAAGAGAGGAGGGCGUCAGUGAGGUUGAAGCGAGCGAGGGUGGGAAGAGGAAAGAAAAGAAGCUGUGAUAGUUCUUUGAAGGACAAGGGAAGGAGGAGAUCAUGAAGUGAGCACUGGACGACGAUCACUAAGAGAAGAGGGGACAUUGGUGUGAUCAAAGGGGAAUAAAGGGAAGAUAAAGGAAUGAACACUGCUGAGUAUAUCUGCUUUAAACUGUCAGAAUGGUGAGAUGAAAGAGACAGGAGGUGUUGUUAAUUAACGUGUGCAAAACUGUCACAUCUUGAUGUCAGCCUGAUCUGCUAGUGGGAAUUGUGUGGGACAGCUUCGUUGCAAAAAUACCAAGGUAGUACUGUAUUCCACACUGACCUAUGACGCAUGCACCCAUUUUAUACAUUAUAGCCUUGUAGCCCACUACAUUUUUUCACGUCUGUGUCAAAUAUCAUCGACAUAACUAUCUGUUGUAGGAUGAGCUGUGGUUUAACGGUGAACAUCUUGUCUUUCUUACUCAUAAAAAAACGUUUUUGCUGUUGUUGUCUGCUGACUGUUUACAGAUUGUUUUGUAAACUUGAAAGAACAUUUUGCCUUACAUGUUUUGUUAUUUACCUUGUUGUGUUGUGUUGGUGUGAGUAGCUUGCACUGCUGAUGUUUUUACGAGUUGGUUUGAACAACAGCACAGACCUAGUAAAGCUGUAUUUAAGGCUUUAACAACAUGAUCAUCCACACUUUCAUCAUAACAUAUGUUACAAAUAAUGUCGACAGGUCAAAGUGAUGUCAUCCUAUUUUAUUUUAUAGAGAUUUUCAGUCUGUCUUUGACCAUCAUAGCUGUAAGCACUGCGAGCUCAAACAUCAUCUAGAAUCUUAUUACCUCAACACUAUUUUACAUGCUAAUAUAUAUUGUACGUCAUCUCAAAGCAUUUGAUAUAUCACUAAUCAUUAAAAAUGUAGCCAUCAAUAGAUGCAAUACCAUUGCUUUACAUAUUUUACAACUACAGUUAAUGUUUUUAUGUUCAUGUUUCCUUUUGUUUGUUUUGUACAAUAAUGUAAAUAUUUUUUGAUUUUUAGAUGAGUCACAUUUUCUGGUUAAUCUAAAAUUACUGUACUGCUUCACAGUGUCAUGACAUGUACAUACACUCUAAUAAUGCUAGGUGUUUAAUUUGUGUUGUAAAUGUGUUUAGGACUCAGUGAUGAUGUAAGAUUGAUUGUUUUUGUAUAGAUGGUUUGAUUAUUGACACAGCCUCAGAAGACAGGCCCAUAAACCAGCUAACCAUACUGCCAGACAAUCUGUAGAAAGGAUUAGCAAUGUUGUUUCUCCUUUGUGUGUGUGUGUGUGUGUGUGAGGGGAGUGAUGAGUGUGUAAUGGUCUCGAAUGUGUGUGUAUAAUAAUGCCCUUACACUUCAAAUUUUGUCAAUGAUUUUUUUGUGAAUAAAUGACCCAUUUCAGCA